GUCUCCUGCUGUCACUGCUGUGGCUCAGCCCCCAUUGUUUUACCAGUAGUUUCCUUUUCUCCUACUGACGUGCAGGUUUGACCUUUUGAUAAACCUGCCGACAUCCCUCACGCUGAAUCUGUAUUCGCAGCCUUUUGAGUGGACGCAGACCCGCAUCUGCUGGUGAUCGCUGACCCCGUGAUGCAGCUUCAAUAUAAACAGGACAAAGGAAGGCUGUGAGUCACCGUCGCUAUCAGUGUAAAUAUCUACUGGAAGUUGUCGCAAUGGAUUUAAUCAUGACAAUUUGUCAAAGACAUCCAGUAAAUAAACCACGGGCCACGUGUUCGAUCUGUUGCACUUGUGGACGUGAGGAGGCAGCGAAGCUCAGCCGACGCGUGUUCUCCCUCCAGAGUCUCACACCUCGUCAUCAAAAGUAUUUUACCAACACAUGGCAAGGCACAUCCCACAAUGCUUUGCCACUCAAGCUGUUGAUGAGUGCGGCGCUGGAGCACAUUCUUCCCAGCAGGCGUGACAACGUGCCAACAGCUGUAGUAUUUGGUGAAAGGGUCACGAGGUGUGGCCCCCGUCUUCAGCCGCGAGCUGCUGGGAUAUUUUUAACUGCUGUGACUUUCACAGUUUUUCCUGUGUGGGAUGAGUUGAUAUCAAGGUCCCACGGGAAACAUUAGGCCUGGGGCCCCAGCAGAAAGCUUCCAGACUCUGCAUGUAAGUCAGUGAGUCACUAACCUCAGGAUUUCCACUCACUCUUCCACACACUUUGAGUCCCAGGCUGUCCAUGUGUUUUAUUGCAGAUAAGUUAUUAUAUUAAAAUCAUCUCCAUUCUGCUGCUGGUUAAAACUAGACUCGACUACAUUACAAGCUGCAGAGCUGACAGCACACAUACACAGAUUGUGAUGGAUCUCCCACUAACUCGUGGUCUGUGUCUUCUUGGCGCCCUCUACUGGUUGAUAGUUGGCAUGAAAACAUAUUCUAGUCAUCUAGCAAAUUCUAAUCUGCUGUUCACUUUAAUCUACUUUAAUCUCUUUUUUUAUAGCUCAGCGUUCUGUGGUCUGCAUUUUUUCACCAGCAUCUUCUCGCCAGUGCUUCUGUGGGUGUGUGUGUAGAAGCUGAUUUGUUCUAGUACAGUAUUAUGUGUGUGAGUGUUUUUGUGUGACAAGGUUCAUUUUCUUUUUGUGUUCUUUAUGGGUGUUAAUUGCAAAGAUUGUUAGUUUUAAAAUAAAUACUGAGAACAGAUACCCAGAAUUGCCAACAUCUAAGAACAAUAAUUAUCACGAUCAACAUUUUGGAAAUGUGCAUGUAAAUGACUCGUAAAUGCACCUUUUUCUACCCAUGUUAACUAUUUAUUUAUUUACUGUAUUAAUUUUUUUUAGUUUGUCCUGAACUUAUCCUAUGUACAGUGCAGUACUUGCUUCUUAUUAAGUAGUAUUAGUUUGCAUGUGUGGACUUUUUGUUCACAUGUCGGUGUUCUGUGCUCUUCAGAAUUACGGUGUGGCGCCAUGGAAACGGGAGCUGUGGUUGCUGCCCUAGUUCACUUCUUAAAGAUGAAAUCGCGUCUGUAAACAAACUCAGGCUGCCAACAGCGAUCCAGCAUCAGAAAGGAAGUGCUUUUGAAUUCAUGUCUGCUUUUGACAGCUUCUCUAUGAUUAAUUACUUUUCUGGGCUGGAGUGUGUGUGUGUGUGUGUGUGUGUGUGUGUGUGUGUGUGUGUGUGUGUGUGUGUGUGUGUGUGUGUGUGUGUGUGUGUGUGUGUGUGUGUGUGUGUGUGUGUGUGUGAGAGAGAGCGAGAGAGAGGCGGGUGCUUUCACUGACUGCUUCCCCACAUGUAGCUGUGAUUAUAUAACCCACUGUAACAUACAUGAUGCGAUCCUGUCCAUGUUUUCUAACAAAGUCAAAAUCAGCAGCAAAUGGAAGCUGUCGCUCCAUGAUUUGGGUCAAAAAUGAGAGCCGCUGUGGCCCGGCUCCUGAGUUCUGGCUGCAGUCCUUGUCCCCAUAAAAAGGGCCUUUACACAGCGCUUUCUUUUAAAAUGCAGAGGGUGGAGGGGUGGAGGUGGGGCUUGAAUAUACAUAAGAGGCUAAGACAGCCCGCCAGUCCAAUUUGGCACAACAUCACCAGACAAUUUGCUGCUGCUCAACCUAAACGAGGGAGCUGAUUGGAUCUCUCCGUUCGUUUAUCGCGUCCCCGGGCUUGUUAGGGAAUAAUCCUCUUGGAUCAGCCCUCUGUCGGAGGAGGAACGCCACGCUGGUGAUGAGCGCAGACAGGUUGCUCAGAACGGAGGCUUUGUCCUGGAUGUCGGAUGUGGACAACGUGACUGGGGGCCAGUUCCAGGACCGGCUCCUGCAGCCCGCCUGGGACUACCUCCUCCAGAACCACCACGAGCUCCUGCGGAGCCCUCUGUUCCCCGUGGUGCUCUCUGUCUCCACCUACUUCUUCCUGGUCGUCGUGUACACGGCGCUGGACCUGCUGGCGCCCUCCUGGCCCUGCAUCAACCGCUACAGGCUGCAUCCCGACAGACCCGUCACCUGGCCCAGCAUCUGGACCACGCUCAGCGUCACCCUCUACAACCACCUGCUCUACAUCCUCCCUGCUUCGGUCGCCCAGUGGCUGUGGAUGCCGCCGACCCCGCUGCCCCGCGAGGCGCCCACGCUCCUCAGCUUCUUCCUGGGCAUCCUGGGCUGCAUGGUGGUCUUUGACUUCCAGUAUUACCUCUGGCACCUGCUGCACCACCGGGUCCCCUGGCUGUACCGCACCUUCCACGCCGUGCACCACCAGUACAACCAGACCUUCAGCCUGGUCACCCAGUACCAGUCGGGCUGGGAGCUGUUCAGCGUUGGGUUCUGGGCCACGGUGGACCCCAUUCUGCUCCAGUGCCACUGCCUCACGACGUGGGGCUUCAUGGUGUUCAACGUCUACGUUUCCACCGAGGACCACUGUGGCUACGACUUCCCCUGGUCCAUGCACAACCUGGUGCCCUUUGGCCUGUGGGGCGGCGCGCCCAAGCACGACGCUCACCACCAGCGGCCCGGCACCAACUUUGCCCCGUUCUUCUCCCACUUGGACUGGCUGGCCGGCACCCACACGGUGCCGAGCGCCUCCGGCCACGCCGCCGCCGGGGACCCAGAGGAGAUGAAGGGGAGGAAGGACUAGGGAGCCUGAAUGCAUCUCCCAUUGACACAAACUGCCUCUUUUGUACCUGCUCUUUCUCUCCGCCGCUCCUCCCUCUCCCUUCGGUUUCACUGUACUGACUCCCUCUCCCGCUGCUCUCUAACAGAUCAUUCCUCACAGAUUAGGAGGCGAUUUCCACACUAACAUUUCUUGACUGUCUGGUGAGUUGUUGAGAACUGUGUUGUAUUCUUGCACAAUAGUCGAUCCUGUACUGGUGUACUGUGUACAUUUAGGUCUCGAUGUGUUCUUUAUUUCUACGUCUCAGGUCAGUUUCCACACACGUGUAACGAGCUGUGACAUCCUCUUGGCAAAAUAAAAGCCGACAAGAAACAUUUCAUUUUUGCAGCUCUUGUUGAGUAUCUUCUGAUGGUGGGUGGUAAUUAGCACCUACCCCCCACCCCCACCCCUCUCCCGCUCCACAGCGCUCACACGCAUGAAUAGCCGUCUUUUAGCUGCAUCCCAGUAUGAUGCGUGGGCGCCAUACUAAUCUAAUGUCCUCCCUUAAUUAAACUCCCUGAAAGGAAAUAUCUCAGCGAUUCACAGGCUUGAGAACACAUGAAUCAUCUGCAGGUUCCUUUAAAUGCUUCUCUAGGUUGUCAAGACUCAGUGGGCUGGUUCAUUUUAAUAAAACAUGAAAUCAAAUCGCAGAGUUAGAGGGAUUGCAGAUACAGUUCAUUUGCGUACAGAUUAUUUCUGAGCUUCCUUCAACUUCACCCAAUCAACCAGCAGGGGUCACUGUUCAUCCUCGCACGGACCACAAGUCUUCAGUAAAUCUCAUGCACAAAAAGCUGCUUAUUUUGAA